UCUCGCAGUGCAGCUCGAGCAUCUGAGCAGGAAUGUGUCUGAAUAUCGACACUUGAUGAAUGUUAUUUCAGCACUUCGCAUCUUUCUGGGGAACUAAUUAGCAUGUGAUAUAAUUAGUAAGCGCUGGGAUUGAGCUCUGAUGUGUCUCAUUUCAGCAGUGCCACUCAUUCACUGACAUACAGCAGGACAGAUGCAGGAUCCGCACACGCUGGCAGUCUCAGAUUUGGAAGCUCUCUCAGCAAUGGAUCUGAACUUCUUCUACAGCGAGAACAUCAGUAUUAACCACAGCACGCUCUUCAGCGACAGCAGAAACCUCACGUUAUUACCGUUCUACCAGCAUUCCCUCGCCGUGGCCUCCGUCAUUAUCCUGGCCUACGUGCUCAUCUUCUCGCUGUGCAUGCUGGGAAACAUCCUGGUGUGCUUCAUCGUGCUGAAAAACAGGCAGAUGCGAACCGUCACCAACAUCUUCAUACUCAACCUGGCCAUCAGCGACCUGCUGGUGGGCAUCUUGUGUCUUCCCAUCACGCUGGUGGACAAUCUGAUCACAGGCUGGCCGUUUGAUGUGGUGAUCUGUAAGAUGAGUGGACUCGUCCAGGGAGCUUCAGUCUCGGCGUCGGUCUUCACGCUGGUGGCCAUCGCAGUGGAAAGGUUUCGUUGCAUUGUCUAUCCGUUCCAGCAGAAGCUGACGCAGCGUCAGGCCAUCAUCACCAUCACCUUCAUCUGGGUGCUGGCUGUGGGCAUCAUGUGUCCGUCUGCUGUCACGCUGACCGUCUCGCAGGACGUCCUGCACUUCAUGGUGGACCGGGACAACGUCACGUACCCGCUGUACACCUGCUGGGAGGCCUGGCCCGACCAGAGCAUGAGGAAGAUCUACACCACCGUCCUCUUCUCGCACAUCUACCUGGCUCCGGUCACGCUCAUCGUCAUCAUGUACACGCGCAUCGCCGUCAAGCUGGUCAAAUCACCGGCGUCCAUCCGGGACGCACACGCGGAGGACGAGAGCCGCCGGGUUUUCCGCAGGAAGCUGCACGUGGUGAACAUGCUGCUGAUGGUGGCGCUGCUCUUCACCGUCUCCUGGCUGCCGCUCUGGAUCCUCAUGAUGCUGACGGACUACGGCACUCUGUCGGCCGCUCAGCUGGACCUGGUGGCCGUCUACGUCUUCCCGUUCGCCCACUGGCUGGCCUUCUUCAACAGCAGCGUCAACCCCAUCGUGUACGGCUACUUCAACGAGAACUUCCGCCGCGGCUUUCAGGCAGCGUUUAAGAUGGGCCUGUGUCUGGUGGACGAGCCGCCGCAGCCCAGACGCAAUGACACGUGGAAACACAACCGUGUGUUUGCGGACAGAGACAGACUGAACGCUCAGAGCAACGGCGGGAGAGAGUUCUGCAGCGGAGAGCAGAGAGACGAGCUGGUGCUGGAGGAUCUGGACUGAAGGAGUGUCCUGCAUUCAUGUGCUGAGACACUUACAAACCCUCACGCAGACUCCUGUGAAACCAUACACACACA